AUGUACCUCACUUUCGCCGACGCAGACCUGAUGGAUCCGUACCAGGAUAGCGCAGUCCUCGGCGGCUUGGCUGCGCGGCAGGCGCCGAGGGUGCUGGACCUGAUCCGGUAUGCUUAUACCAAGACGACUCGUCUCGAGCCGAUAUCACCUACCUCCGCGACGCAGCUUCGGGAGAACGAGCUGCGGCGAUUGGUCGUGCAUUAUGCGGCUUGUAAGGUCAAGGAACUGGCGCGAUAUCAUUCUCCCGGUGAUAGUGAGGUUGCCACGCCUUCUUUGCGACCGAUUGAUGUGCGGGUGGAGCGGGCUGAUGAGGGUGCGCCGAAGAGCUUGCGAUCAUUGCUUGAUAUGACGCCGGAGCUGGCCUCUGACCUUGUUUAUCGCAUGAUGUGA